GGCUAAUCUGAGUCACACCAAGAGGACGCGAAAAGAAGUGAGAAUUCCUCCGCCGCGAUACAGAAGAAAGAAGAAUUAGGAUAGGUUGCGCAAACCAAGAGGCCUCUGAGUGUAAGAUAAUACACGAUGUUUCUAUUAAACUUAACUGAGUAUUGACGUCUUUUCAAAAUGUACUUUCAAAGAUCGGCGAAUUUCGCAAACGCAUCACGAACUAUAGAUCCUCCCGUAACUUGUGCGGAAGUAGAUCGUCGUCUGCGAUGUCGGUGACGCGGCGGAGAAGAGAGAAGUUGAGCGAGCUCGUAACGUUCACCUCAGCGCGAACAUACGAACGAAAAACCGCCAUACUCGAGCAUUAUAUGGACCCCUGCGCUCGCCCAUAACAGUCUGACAGCGAACAACACCUUCGCUGUUCUCUUAAAUUAGUUUUCCAGUCGUUCACCAGAGGUGGGAGAAGAAUUGAAGAUUAGCUGAGCUAACCUCGUACGAAGAAGGAGCACAGCCUCGCGCUGGCGACUCUAUGUGGAUUUUACAGAAACUAUGGGUCCGUUUCCCGGUGUCUCUUCAGGCAGAGUCAUUUUCCUCGUCGUCUGCUGGGUUCCGCUUUUAUGUGCUCUGCAGUGCCAGGGACCCGAAAUGCCGUGUGUGAACAAUGGUAGCUGUGUCACCUUUGCCAAUGGAACAGGAUACUGCAGUUGUACUCCAGGCUUUCUGGGGGAAUACUGUGAGUUUAAAGACAGGUGUCAAGCAGGCUACUGUAAGAAUGGGGGUAACUGCACAGGGACAAGUGUGGAGAUCCCCCCAGUGCCCACCUGUACGUGCCCUCUGGGGUUUUCUGGCACGAACUGCGAAACCCAGAUCAACUCUUCCUGUUACCCCCGUAACCCUUGUGCCAAUGGGGGGAGGUGCUCCCUGCUCCCACACGACAUGUACAGGUGCCAUUGCACCCCUGGCUGGACAGGUGUGCGGUGUGAGAGAGAGGACAGUUGUGUGUCCUCUCCAUGUGCAAAUGGUGGAUCCUGCACCUCUGCCACUGCUGGAAAAUACCACUGUUCCUGUCUGCCCGGUUACCAUGGUUCCCGUUGCCUUAACGACACAGAAGACUGCAUGCAGAACCCACUGAUUUGCCAGAACGGAGGCCGGUGCGCGAAUGUUCUGGGGGUGUACCGGUGCCAAUGCACCGCAGGGUUCACGGGGACACGCUGCGAGUCCCCCUACAUGCCCUGCUCUCCCUCGCCCUGCCUGAACGGAGGAACCUGCAGACCGACGUCAGCCAGCAGCUACUACUGCCACUGCCUCCCAGGUUUUAAUGGCACCAACUGUGAGGUGAACAUUGAUGACUGCCCGGACAAUCAGUGUCAGAAUGGAGGAACUUGCAUGGAUGGAGUUAACACAUAUAACUGCCAGUGUCCCCCAGAAUGGACUGGCCAGUUCUGCACUGACGACGUGGACGAGUGCCGUCUGCAGCCCAACACCUGUCAGAACGGAGGCACCUGCAGCAACACGGUGGGCGGCUACUCCUGCGUGUGUGUGAACGGGUGGAGUGGACUCGACUGCUCGGAGAACAUUGACGACUGCGCUCUCCACCCCUGCCUCACCGGUGUCUGUCAGGACCGCGUCGCCUCCUUCUUCUGCAGCUGCCCAUUCGGCAAGACCGGUUUGCUGUGUCACGUUGAUGAUGCGUGCAUUAGCAACCCGUGCAGGGCAGGAUCUCAGUGUGACACCAACCCUGUUAAUGGCAAGUUCAACUGCAACUGUCCCUCCGGAUACAAAGGGAACACAUGCAACGAUGACAUCGAUGAAUGCACCAUCGGGCCGAACCCAUGCGAGCAUGGCGGUACGUGUAAGAACACGCCGGGCUCGUUCACGUGUCAAUGCUCAAGUGGGUACACCGGCCCCCGGUGUGAACAGGACGUGAACGAGUGUGGCUCCAACCCUUGCCAGAACGAUGCCACCUGUCUGGACAAGAUAGGAGGGUACUCCUGCAUAUGCAUGCAAGGUUUUGUUGGAGACCACUGCGAGAUUGACGUAAAUGAAUGUGCAAGCUCACCGUGUCUCAACAGUGGCAAAUGCCUUGACCAGGUCAACCGAUUCGUCUGUGAAUGCCCUCAAGGCUUUUCUGGAGAGAUGUGUCAGGUGGACAUAGAUGAGUGCGCCAGCACUCCGUGUCAUAAUGGAGCAAAGUGCAUCGACCGGCCCAACGGCUACGAGUGCGAGUGUGCAGAAGGUUUCACGGGUGCUCUGUGUAUGGAGAACAUUGAUGACUGCAUCCCAAAGCGCUGCCAUCACGGCGUGUGUAAGGACGGCAUCGCCACGUUCACGUGCGAGUGCUUUCCAGGGUAUAUGGGCCGCAUUUGCAGCGAGCAGGUGAAGGAGUGUUACAGCGACCCCUGUCAGAACGGAGGUCACUGUGUCGACCUCGUCAAUGGAUACCAGUGCAACUGCCUACCGGGGACGUCAGGUGGGAAUUGUGAGAACAAUCACGAUGACUGUGCCAGCAACCCCUGUGUCCAUGGCACCUGUGAAGAUGGAAUUAAUGAGUACAAGUGUGUGUGUAAGCCUGGUUACACAGGUGAGCGCUGCACAGAGGACAUAGAUGAGUGCAGCUCCAGCCCAUGUUUGAGUGGAGGGACCUGUUUGGAUAAGCCCAAUGGCUUCCAGUGCCAGUGUCCCACAGGCACACACGGUCUGCUGUGCCACUCUGGGGUGGAUCACUGUGCCCCUCAGCCCUGCCUUCACGGAAGGUGUGUCGAGGAACAAGACAGGUACCAUUGUGAGUGUGAGCUUGGCUUUGAGGGUCAGAACUGUGAGAUGGAGAGGAAUGAAUGUGAGUCCAACCCUUGUCAGCAUGGGGGAGAUUGUAUAGACAACCUGGCCAGCUACACCUGCAGGUGCACACGUGGAUACAGAGGUUUGAACUGUGAGAUCAAUAUUGAUGAGUGUGUUUCAAAUCCGUGUUUGAAUCAGGGAACCUGCAUCGAUGGUGUCAAUGGCUACACCUGCCGCUGUACUUUGCCUUACACAGGACGACACUGUGAGGAAGAGUUGGUGCCGUGUGCGUCUCGGCCGUGUACGAGAGGCGUGUGUGAGCCCUCACUGAAUUAUACCUCCUACACUUGCAAGUGCCCCACAGGCUGGCAAGGGGCCCAGUGUACAGAGGAUGUGGAUGAAUGCCGGAGCAGUGUGUGUCAGAACGGUGCGCGGUGUAUGAAUAUGCAGGGCAGGUACUUGUGUGAGUGUCCUGUUGGUUACAACGGCCACAACUGCCAAAACAACAUCGAUGACUGCAGCUCCGACCCGUGCAUCAACGGUGGCACAUGCGUGGACAAGGUGGGCCGCUUCUCCUGCGAGUGCAGGCCCGGCUUCUAUGGCGAGCGCUGCGAGGAGGAGGUGAACGAGUGCAACAGUUCCCCCUGCAUGCAUGGAGGAACCUGCGCUGACUACGUCAACAGCUACACGUGUCAGUGUCCGCCCGGCUACAACGGCAUCAACUGUGAACGCAACAUUCCCGAAUGCACAGAGACCUCCUGUCUGAACAACGGGACGUGUGUGGACGGUAUAAGCCAGUUCACGUGCCGGUGUCGUCCUGGUUUCACUGGUCUGUUCUGUCAGUAUGAGAUUGACGAGUGUGAAUCGCAGCCAUGCAAAAAUGGGGGUACUUGUAUGGACGGCCUGGGCACCUACCGAUGCACCUGCCCCAAGGAAUACAGCGGCCACAACUGCCAGUCCCUGGCUGACCUGUGCAGAAACAUCCAAUGUAAGAAUGGAGGGAAGUGUGUGCAGAAUAUGACCACGUGGGUGUGUCGCUGCCCUCAGGGCUGGACGGGGCUCUACUGUGACAUCCCCAAUGUGAGCUGCCAGAGUGCAGCUGUGAGUAAAGGUGUGUCUGUGGACCUGCUGUGCCAAAACGGUGGGCGGUGUGAGAACACAGAGAAAACACACCGCUGUACAUGUGAGAUCGGCUGGGAGGGCAGUUACUGCGAGAGGGAGACCGAUGAGUGUCUGUCAAACCCCUGCAGGAACGGGGCCAAGUGCACAGACUACCGGGGUGGCUACUACUGCAAGUGUAAGCCAGGCUAUCAGGGUGUGAACUGUGAGUAUGAUGUGAAUGAGUGCAAGUCAACCCCCUGUCAAAACGGAGGCACCUGCAUCAACCUGGUCAACCGCUACUCCUGCGCCUGUCCCCCGGGUACAAAAGGUCUGAACUGUGAGGAGGAUGUAGACGAGUGCUCACCUGAGUUCAGCCCUCGUUGCUUUAACGGUGGGCGAUGUGUGAACAGUGUGGGCCGGUACACGUGCGCGUGUCCACAUGGGUUCACGGGGGACUACUGUGAAGGUGACAUUAACGAGUGUCUCUCUGCCCCCUGCCACGCCCCUGGUAGCAUCGACUGUGUCCAGCUGGCCAAUGACUACCAAUGCCGCUGUCGCCUUGGUUACACAGGUCGUCACUGUGAGUCGAUGGUGGACUUGUGUCAGUCAAAACCUUGCCAUAAUGGAGGCCUGUGUUUCAUGAACAUGAGUUCAGUCCACGGAUACAGCUGCACCUGCCUCCCUGGAUACAAGGGCUUCAACUGCGGUGAGACGGAGAGCAUCACCUGUGCCAGCCUGGGUUGUCAGAACGGAGGGCGUUGCCAGGAGUUGCUAUCGGGACGCCUGCAGUGUCAGUGUCCGCUGGGCUUCUCCGGUGCUCGUUGCGAGAACACUCCGUCCCAGUCAUGCCAGUGUCAGAAUGGGGGCAUGUGUGUCUUCGACCCCUACAAGCCCAGCACCUUCUCAUGCAAGUGUCAUCCUGGCUACAACGGGGAACACUGCCAGUACACGGGCAGCGACCACACCUCCUCCUGCCCCUACUUGGAGUGUCAGGAGCGCUCGCGAGACCGGGUCUGCGACCCGCAGUGCAAGAACCAGGAGUGCGAAUGGGACGGGGGCGACUGUUCCCUGCACUGGCCGCACCCCUGGGAGAACUGCACUGCGCAGGUGAACUGCUGGGAGCUCUUCCACAACGGCCGCUGCGACCCGGAAUGUAACAACCCAGGCUGCCUCUUCGACAGCUUCGAGUGUCAGAAGACGUCACCCUCUGGCUCCAGCACCUGCAAAUACGAGAGGUACUGUCAGGACCAUUACCAGAACGGCCACUGUAAUCAAGGCUGUAACACGGAGGAGUGUGGCUGGGACGGGCUGGACUGCUCGACGGACACACCGGCCCAGCUGGCCGAGGGCACGCUGGUGUUGGUUGUCCUGUUGCAGCCCAGCGAGCUUCUGGGAGACCUGAAGGGCUUCCUGCGCUCCCUGGGGAACCUCCUCCACACCAACCUGCAUGUCAGACUGGACCAAAAGCAGCAGCUCAUGGUCUACCCGUACUACGGCAUCGAGGAGGACCACGCCCACAUGGGGGGCGGGGACACGAGGAAACUGGGCAAGCGAGAGCUGGAGAAGGAGGUCAUUGGGUCCAAGGUGUAUCUGGAGAUUGAUAACAGACAGUGUGUCCAGAACUCCAACGACUGUUUCUCCAGGACCGACCUGGCUGCCUCCUACCUGGCUGCGGAGUACCUGAAAGCGGAUCUGCCUUAUCCCAUCUUCGCUGUGUCCAGUGACCCUCCCUCUGACCCCUCGCCCCCUCAGCCCAUGCCUCCUCUCCUCUACCUGGUUGCUGUGGCAGCAGCCAUCAUCCUUCUGAUCCUGGUGUUGGGCGUUUUGGCCGCCAAGAGGAAGAGGAAGAACGGCAUCCUCUGGCUGCCUGAUGGCUUCCUGAGUAAGGACAGUAAGAGGCGUGAGCCCGUGGGCCAGGACGACUUUGGCAUGAAAAACCUGCAGAAGCCUCAGGAUGGAGGUCUGUUGGAUGGCAGUGCUGGACAUCACUGGCCAGAGGAAGAACAUGUGUCCAAGAAACCAAGGAUGGAGGACAAGCCCUUGCUCCCGGUCGGCGUGGACUCUGGGGUGGACCGCCGGGAAUGGACUCUUCAGCACCGGAAGGCUGCUGACAUCACACUGACGCCCCCGCAGGCGGAAAUCGACCUGGACUGUCUGGACGUCAACGUGAAGGGACCCGACGGUUUCACCCCUCUCAUGCUGGCGUCACUGCGCUGUGGCGGUAGCCCCGAAUGCGGCAGCGUCCUGGCCGACGAAGAGGAGGAGAGUGGUGCCGAUGAGCCCGGCACCAACAUCAUUACUGACCUCAUUGCCCAGGGCGCCACCCUCAACGCCCAGACUGACCGCACAGGCGAGACCGCCCUCCACCUGGCCGCCCGCUACGCCCGGGCCGACGCGGCCAAGCGCCUGCUGGACGCCGGGGCUGACCCCAACGCCCACGACAACAUGGGUCGCACUCCCCUCCAUGCGGCUGUCGCCGCAGAUGCACAAGGAGUGUUCCAGAUUCUGAUCCGUAACCGGGCGACCGAACUGGAUGCCCGCAUGAACGACGGCACCACUCCGCUCAUCCUGGCCGCCAGGCUGGCUGUGGAGGGCAUGCUGGAGGAACUGGUCCACUGCCACGCCGACGUCAACGCCGUGGACGACCACGGUAAGUCUGCCCUGCACUGGGCAGCUGCCGUCAACAACGUGGAGGCCACCCUGGUGCUGCUGAAGAACGGAGCCAAUCGAGACAUGCAGGAUAACAAGGAGGAGACGCCGCUGUUUCUGGCAGCCAGGGAGGGCAGCUUCGAGGCCGCCCAGGUCCUGUUGGACCACUACUCUAACCGCGACAUCACCGACCACCUGGACAGGUUGCCCCGGGAUACGGCUCAGGAACGCAUGCACCAUGACAUCGUCCGUCUGCUGGACCAGUACAACCUGGUGCAGAGCUCUGGCCCCUCCCAUAUGGGCUCGGGCGGAGGACAUGCCUCCGUUGGCUGUGGUAAUGGAACUGGAUUUUUGGGCAUGCGCCCAGGACCCCAAGGCAAGAAGAACCGUCGUGGAGGGAAAAUGAGCGGGGCUGCCAGUGGAGGAGGCGGAGCCAAGGAGCUGAAAGACAUGAAGGCGAAGCGGAGGAAGAAGCCGGCGGGAGACGAAGCCCCGGGAUUGGCUGCGGGUAGCGUGGCGACGGCGGUUGCUACGGCAACGGGCAGCAGUAACGUCACCAAAUCUGCAGCCACUACUGCCAGCACGGGCGGACUUGCUGAGAGCUCAGUGACCAUGUCACCGGUGGAGUCGCUGGAGUCUCCGCAUUCAUACACCGUUGCUCCAACAGGUGGUGCCAACGUGGCCAACUCCCCGCCCCUGAUGACCAGCCCAUCCGCACGCCCCCUCCUGCCACCUGUAAGCCACAUGCUAGGGCAGCAGCCAAGCUGGGUGGGCGUGGCCAAGCACGCCUUCAAUGGUCACGUGUUCGGCCACGUGCUGCACCCGAUGGCGCCGGGUCACGUGGGCUUGCCGCAGCACCACAGUUCUGGAGUGCUGACGCCCAUGAAUGUCACGAUGAGCCGAGAGCAGCUCCCGCCGAUCGUCACCUUCCAGAUGAUGACAGCUGGAGGAAGCCAAGCGCUCCUGAAGCCCAACCAGCAGGGGGCGCUGCAGGCUCCGUCUCAGAGCCAGGGCCAGAGCCUCAGCCAGCAGGCCUCCCACCUGCACUGCAGCCAGGUGAUGUACCCCAUGCCAGAGUUGGGACUCCAACACGGCAUGCCCCACCCCCAUGGCCACGCCCUCCCCCAUGGCCUGGCAGAUGGCCAGGUACGGCAGGUGACACCCUACCAGCAGCUGCAAAGCCCUGUGGAUAAAUACCCCACCCCGCCCUCACAACACAGUUACACCACCGCAGGGUCGAACGGAACCACCCCAGGGCACCCUGCCCAACCCCCAAGCGAGCACCCCUACCUCACACCCUCGCCCGAGUCCCCCGACCCCUGGUCUUCGUCCUCUCCCCACUCCAACUCGGACUGGUCCGACGUCACCACCAGCCCCACACCGCUCGCUAACCCCCACACGCUGCCCCUGUCCCGCCGCACACACAUUCCUGAGCGGCCACAGCUCCAGCAGCCUCCUGCCCCCCAGCCGGGGCAGGUCACGCCCCCCUCACAGCCUCCACAGCCCCCUCGGAAUGGUGUAUAUGCGUAGACACACGGGGCAGAACAAUUACCCCCCACCUCCCCCCAGCCAGGUCCGGCUACACUCCACACGGCUCAGCCUGGUGGGUUAGGUUCACUGUGGUGCAGACGUUUGGGUCAACAGACUGGUACUUGGUCUUAAUGGUUGAGUGAGAGUGAGAGUGAGAGUGAGAGUGAGUCUCAUUGCCCAUCUGCAUGCUUUUUUACACUAUGCACAUGGUCCACUGGGGUUUUUUAUGUGAACCUCUAAGCCCCCAGUAACUCACCCUUCAGUGACCCCGAGAAAGAUUGAACUUUUCUCGAGAGAUCCUUGUAGAAUUAGCAAAACUGAAGACUGUCAGAAUGGAGGGCUCCAAAAACCAAACAGCAGACGACAGCCAUCCAGGGAGAAGCUGAGUUGAAUGCUUGGCCCACUGAGGAUACUUGAGACUUUAUCUCUGGACAAUCAUUAAAGACAAACCCAAAUAGCUAGACUUCAGUUUUGUCACCGUGUUGGAAGGUUUUAUUUCUGAAGGAAAUCUGAACUCUUACAAU